GGGGCCGGGUUCGCGGAUGCUGGUCGGCGCGGAGGGCUCUCAGCUUUAUCCGGUGAUAUCCAGCCGUGGCGGCCACUACCUCCUUCGACUAGAGGAAAAUGCACGAUGGCCCGCCCAGGCAGUGAGGGGCAGUGGCCCUGGACCCGCGCCCCCCACACCCCUGCCCUGGGUCCGGGUGCAGCCCCCUCAAGUCCAGCAGCAGAGGGUCCUGCCUGAGCCUGGCGCCAGCUGACCUCGCGUCCUGCCGCGCCCACAUGGGUCUGUGCUACAGUCUGAGGCCGCUGCUCUUUGGGGACCCAGAGGACGCCCCGCGCACGACCUCAGAACCGGCCGCGGAAGCGGCGCCGCAGAGCCCAGCCUCGGUCCCGGCGGUCAGGGGAGACCUUGCUCUGACCCCUCUCCCUCCCGGCGCCGGCGGGAGUCCAGCCUGCGCCCAACCCAAAGCCAACCCGAAGAAGGAACGGAGGCGACGCCCGGACCAGCUGAGCGCCGAGGAGCGAGAGGCCGAGCGGGAGGCGAGGAAAGUCAGCAGGAACAUCGACCGCAUGCUCCAGGAGCAGAAGCGCGACCUACAGCAGACGCACCGACUGCUGCUCCUGGGGGCUGGUGAGUCUGGGAAAAGCACUAUCGUCAAACAAAUGAGGAUCCUGCAUGUCAAUGGAUUUAAUCCAGAGGAAAAGAAGCAGAAAAUUCUGGACAUUCGGAAAAAUGUUAAAGAUGCUAUUGUGACAAUUGUUUCAGCAAUGAGUACUAUAAUACCUCCAGUUCCACUGGCCAACCCAGAGAACCAAUUUCGAUCAGACUAUAUCAAGAGUAUAGCCCCUAUCACUGACUUUGAAUAUUCCCAGGAAUUCUUUGAUCAUGUGAAGAAACUUUGGGAUGAUGAAGGCGUGAAAGCAUGCUUUGAGAGGUCAAAUGAAUACCAGCUGAUCGACUGCGCACAAUACUUCCUGGAAAGAAUUGACAGUGUCAGCUUGGUGGACUACACUCCCACAGACCAGGACCUUCUCAGAUGCAGAGUUCUCACAUCAGGGAUUUUUGAGACACGAUUCCAAGUGGACAAAGUAAACUUUCACAUGUUUGAUGUUGGUGGCCAGAGGGACGAGAGAAGAAAAUGGAUCCAGUGCUUUAAUGACGUCACCGCUAUCAUUUACGUGGCGGCCUGCAGUAGCUACAACAUGGUGAUUCGGGAAGAUAACAACACCAACAGGCUGAGAGAGUCCCUAGACCUUUUCGAAAGCAUCUGGAACAACAGGUGGUUACGGACCAUUUCUAUAAUCUUGUUCUUAAACAAACAAGAUAUGCUGGCAGAAAAAGUCUUGGCAGGGAAAUCAAAAAUUGAAGAUUAUUUCCCAGAGUAUGCAAAUUAUACUGUUCCUGAAGAUGCAACACCAGAUGCAGGAGAAGAUCCCAAAGUUACAAGAGCCAAGUUCUUUAUAAGAGAUCUGUUCUUGAGGAUCAGCACUGCGACAGGGGACGGCAAACACUACUGCUACCCGCACUUCACCUGCGCUGUGGACACGGAGAACAUCCGCAGGGUGUUCAACGACUGCCGAGACAUUAUCCAGAGGAUGCACCUCAAACAGUACGAACUCUUAUGAGGCGUCCAGGGCGGUGGGCGUGCCUUCUGGCGUCUUCCCUCCGCCCGCUGUCUCUGCUACCACACCUGGCAGAGCAGUUAUUUCCAAACUACCUGUCAGCCCCAAGGUGUGGCAGAAAGUAGUGAGUUCCCACCGUCCUCUGCGCUGCCGUCUGUCCUGCUCUGUGUCCUCUCCAUGUGUGACCGCCAAGCCUCUGGCUACCUCUUUACCCUCAGGUUUGGUUUGUAGCUCUUGUUCUCACUGAACAUGGCCUCCCCUAACCUCCCCACCCCCGCCCAUUUGGGUCACUGAAAACCAUCCAUUCUCACCUGGGUGACACUACAGUGAAAUUUCUCUGGGUGGGGGCUCCUGUUAUUCAUCCAUUCAGUGAUUUGUUGAUUAAUUCAAAACUUGAUAGAUGCCGGAGAAGCACACUUUUCCCGAGUUACGUGGCAUGACUGGAGAGUCACUUGUGCAAUGUGGUGAGCCAGGCUUUCCAAUUCUAGCUUUAAGCUGCAAACGGAAAAGAGGCCCCCUCUUCUGAUCUGCAUUAGCCCAAGAUUUAGAGGAGGCCCCAAGCCACAGAAUGGCAAGAAAACAUUUUUUUCAGUAAUAUUUUGAGUAUCUGCCAGCCUCAGGCAUUUAAAUUAAAGCUACUUUGAGCCUUUUAGGCUCAAAGGCAGAAAACCUACCACAUUCACUACUGCAAAGGUUAUCCUGUCUAAAAAUGAUUCUCUGGAUUUUCGCAAUGCUUGGGCAACAGUCUCCUUUCAAAUAUUAUUUUUGUUGUUAUUCUAUCACUGGUUUAUUACAAUGUACAGACCACAAAAUGUAAUAUUAUUUUGUAUAACUCCUGAAGAAAAAUCCUUAUAGAUUUAUGUGCCUUGAUUAUGGCCAUACCAGUAAAAGAAAUGUGUUUUUAUUGUGCUGACAGCUAAAUGGCAACAUAACCUGCCACUUGCUCAAAGGAAGGGAACAAACAGUAUCUGUGGAAUUUAGGACAUCUUAUCAGGACACUGAAAAAUACUCCUUGAUUUUAAAAAAUUAUAUGUACACAUAUAUUAUACACAUCACUCUUCCACAUCUUACAAUUAAUGCUGACUAAUAUCACAAGCUUCUUCCAGGAAACCAAGAAUGUUUUUUCUCUCCAGACAAGAUGUUUAUUGAUUAUUUUACUAUUUAAAGACUUUUACAAGUUCCCUCAGUGGGAAUCCAUCAUCAGUAAAUAGGAAGAAAAAGACAAAAGGGUGUCAACAUUUGUGUCUACUUAGGAGAAUCAAAGGAUGACAUUUUCUUUUGAAGAAGACGCAUUACAAAACUUUUAUUUAAAAUAUGAAGUCAAAAUGUAUGAAAGAUUUGCAAAGGCAGCCUCAAAAGUUAUGAUACUCUAGAAAGUAAGAGUCACUGUAGCAGGAACAUUUACAUUCUCUCCACAACCACAGCUUUGGCAGGCAGUUCCCUUAGGUCAAAGGUAAUCUGUGAUGAUGUCCGAGGUUACAGUUCAACAGUACAGGGCUAGAGAGGUCAUGGCCUGGCCUGCAUUACUUCAGUGACUUCCUUCUAGUCUUCUAGUCUUUGUUAAGUAUUUUAAAGUUUAUAAUGUAAUUAGCAUUUUUAGAAUCCUUUAUAAACUUACCCAGUUUUAAAUACUACUAACUUUAACAUGAAAGGAUGGCAACUUUAUAGACAAUCAAGGCAACAAACACAUAUUUUAUUUCAUUAUCACCGAAUCCCUGCCCCUCUCAUUCUUAGCUUUUUGACAAAACUCUCAGUUGAAAUGAAACAUAUAAAGCAGAACUUUUGAGUUUUCAUUGCGCCUUCAAAAUAAAAAAAUGAAGGAAAAUCUGAACAGAUAUACCCCCACAUAUACAGACACGAAACGAAACAGUACAUUGUUACAUGCACUAUUACUCAGUAACUCCCCAGUAACCAAACUUUCUAUUUAAAAGUUUGACUGAAAAAAAGAACUACACUCUUAGAAAAAAUACAAAAAGAAUAUAUUUUAAUCUGGCUUAAAAUUAUCAAGAUAUUUAUUUUUAAAGACAAAGCCACUUCCUAGUCCAUUUUUCACAUUUAUUUUGAUCAAUGACAGACAUUAAAUUCAAAUUUAACAACUCAGUCUGCUGGACAGAAAAUUACACUUACCUAAAAAUUUGAUUCUAUUAAUUUAGCACAGAAGUACAAAAGUCUGUGUAAAUAAUACAUUCCUGCUUGUAGCAUCUGUACAUUUAUUUUCAGUGUACAGCUUUAUAAUAUAUAGGAAUUUGAGAACAGCUUUUUGGGAGGACAGAAGCAAACCCAGUGUUUGGUUUGUGUAUAACUAAUCCCAAGUGUGCUCCAAGGCUACUGGCUCCACCUUGGGGAAGGAAGAACUGUCUAGUGCAUGCAUAUGAUGACAUUAAUAGCAUUUACAUACUGUACAGUUAUCAUCUUUGAUUAUACAGAUAUUUGAUAUAAUGAGAAAGCACAGUUGUCGUAGACUACAUGUUCCAUUUUUAUAGCAUGAAAACAGUACAAUCAACUAUUUAUUCUGCAGUAAUUUACACCAAUGAUUUAGAAUUUUAUGAUGUGCAUAAAGACAGUCUAUUUUGGUCUCAUCUCACAUGAGCACUGCCUGAUGUUCAGUUUCUUUGGCUUUGAUAUUUAUUACUAAAUGCAAAAAGUCU